AUAUGAUCCUUUUUAAACCAUGAUUUGUAAAAUCAAGUAUCCAAAAUUAAUUGAUGUCAAAGGCCAUUGAAUAUGCAUUGCGAAAAUGUGGCUGCCGGGUAGGUUCGCUUAAACCACGGAAUGCUGUAUCAACGCUAGUGGAUAUCGCGAGUAUGCGCCGGAACGUCAUGACGUCGGGCCAUCACACUUCCCGACACAUUCAACACCAUUUUCGAUUAGCCUCCGUGCUACCGAUCGCCGCAAACAGCUCAUGAUUUUGAAUUGCACCGGGUAGGACACCUGCGACAGCAAAAUACUUGUUGAAUUUGGGACCGGGGCGAUUCCACCAACAUGAUGCAUGGCGGUUCGGCUUCAAGAUCUUGGGGCCGAGUUCGAAUAGCCGGUGCUUGGCCUUACCGAGCGCACCCGAGGCGAGGGAUUUACAGAUUACAGAUACAAAGAAACUGUACAACCUCAUUUUCAACGACUGCCUUCAGAAAUAGCUACCGCUCGCUGAUACAAGGCCCGUCUCGACACGCCGUCCCGGCUCGACUGUUUUCGUCGAGCGCACUCAACCAGGACCAUGGCCCUCUGGAGGAAUAUGACAGGCGGGUAAUAGAGGGAACUUUGAAAAAUGACGAACAUCAGCGAGGAAUCAUCGAGAGUUUACAACACCUGCACAACGAACUUCGUGAUUACCAUGCGCCCGACGUUAUCAAACCAAUAAUGGAGUCACUAAAGCCGAAAAAGUCGAUGUUUCAGUCGCUCUUUGGUGGCGGCUCCAAACAACAGACGGGCAUAGCCGACAUUCCCGACAACUUACCCCGCGGCUUGUACCUCUAUGGAGACGUUGGCAGCGGCAAAACGAUGCUCAUGGACCUGUUCUACGACACGCUCCCGAAGUCGGUCAAGACCAAAACCCGCAUACAUUUCCAUAACUUUAUGCAGGAUGUCCAUAAACGGCUACACAAGAUCAAAAUGGAGCACGGCAGCGAUGUGGACGGUGUUCCUUUCGUUGCCGCUGAUAUCGCAGACCAAGGCAAUGUCCUUUGUUUUGACGAGUUCCAAUGCACCGAUGUUGCUGACGCUAUGAUUUUGCGAAGAUUGCUCGAGUGCUUAAUGUCACACGGCGUGGUUCUGGUCACCACUUCUAACCGACACCCUGACGAAUUAUACAAAAAUGGCAUCCAGAGAGAGUCAUUUAUACCGGCUAUUAAGCUGCUCAAGACACGCCUACACGUCAUCAACCUUGAUUCACCAACUGAUUACCGCAAAAUCCCGAGACCGGCUUCAGGCGUAUACCACACUCCAUUGGAUAAACACGCCAAUUCGCAUGCGGAGAAGUGGUUCCGAUUCUUGGGUGAUUCGGAAAAUUUUGCACCUCACCCAGAGACACAAAAGGUUUGGGGCCGUGAAAUCUACGUUCCCCGUGUAAGCGGCCGGUGCGCGUGGUUUACCUUUGACGAAUUGAUUCGGCAGCCGAAAUCGGCAGCUGACUACUUGGAAUUGGUGCGAAGCUAUGACGCCUUCAUUGUUUCAGACGUGCCAGGCAUGACGAUACGUGAGCGAGACUUGGCUCGCCGGUUUAUUACCUUUAUCGAUGCUGUAUAUGAGGGAAACGCAAAGCUUGUUCUUACAACAGAGAAGCCGCUGGCAGAGCUGUUUGUUUCGCGUGACGAAAUUGCCGAGAGCUUAGCAACACAGAACAAGCAGAGCAAGUCGAAAGAAGAUGUUGAUGCAGUCAUGGACGCAGUGGUGAAUGAUGUUGAUAAGGGUGCCGAGCACCUGAAGAAGUCGAAUCUGUUUGCGGGAGAGGAGGAAGCAUUUGCAUUUGCGCGUGCUCUAAGCCGUCUGAGCCAUAUGGAGAGUAAGGAGUGGGUUGAGCGUGGUAUGGGCCUGGAGAGCCAAGGUGGUAAAGAGAACAAAGAAAGCUGGACCAAGACGAGAAGUAGGCAGCUUGAAGAUUCCAUGUGAGCAUUUGGGAUGGGGGAUUCAUCAAGCAUAUACAGCAACAAAGAGCAUCUAUGCAUCGGGCUUUUUUUUGGCCGCGGCGUUAUGUAGAAAUACAACAAUAUAUAUCGUAU